CGGUUUCUCAUCUCGAUGCAAGCAGAUUUAUCCGGCUCCCCGGGCGACAAGACUGUCACCUCAAGAAACAUGGAAACAAGGCAUUUAAAAAGAGAUGUCAGUCUCUGUGAAAACAAAGCCUUCUAUAUUCACAUGCCCGCCAAUCUCCUCUGAGUUUUGCAAAGAAAAACAAAUUGGAGACAACACUCUGUGGACACUGGGGGAUGCCCCCGUUGAUUGCUGAGGGUUCUUCAUCAGCAUUCUGUGAUAAUAAGAACAUGGACUUCUGCUCAUUAAAAUCCACCAGCCAUUUUAGCUAACUGCCAGGAGGCUGGAUUCUGACUUCCAACCAUUGAUAUCUUUGUGAAAAUCAGUCUACAUCCACCCUUUAAAAGCACUGAUGGAUGAGUCAGAACCUUUGAAAGCAAAGAAAAUUUGAGACAUUUUAGCAAAGAAUGAGAUGUUAACAACAAACUAGAAGGAGGCAAGGCUUCACCUUGCUAUUUACCUUGUCAAACCAAAUGUAACUCCUGCCUUAAAACGAAAAAACAAAACAAAACAAAAAAAUGAACAGCUCAUGCAUUGAAGAACAGCACUACUUGGAUCACUACUUGUUUCCAGUUAUUUACAUCUUUGUGAUUAUAGCCAGUGUUCCAGCCAAUAUUGGAUCUCUGUGUGUGUCUUUUCUGCAAGCAAAGAAGGAGAACGAAUUAGGAAUUUACCUCUUCAGUUUAUCACUAUCAGAUCUGCUCUACACAUCAACACUCCCUCUAUGGAUCGAUUAUACUUGGAAUAAUGACAACUGGACGUUCUCUCCUGCCUUGUGCAAAGGGAAUGCUUUCUUCAUGUACAUGAACUUUUACAGCAGCACAGCGUUCCUCACCUGCAUCGCCAUUGACCGGUAUUUAGCAGUUGUCCACCCUUUGAGGUUUUCUUUUCUAAGGACAAGAAGAUCUGCCUUCCUGGUCAGCCUGUCCAUCUGGGUGUUGGAAACCAUGUUCAAUAGUGUCAUUUUAUGGAAAGAUGAAACAACUAUAGAAUACUGUGAAGCCAAAAAGUCUAAUUUUACUUUAUGCUAUGACAAAUACCCACUGGAGAAAUGGCAAGUCAAUUUGAACCUGUUUAGGACGUGUACAGGCUAUGUAUUACCUUUGGUCAUUAUAAUGAUUUGCAACCAAAAAGUCUACCAUGCUGUGCAGCAUAAUCAAGCCACGGAAAACAAUGAAAAGAAGAGAAUCAUAAAACUACUUAUUAGUAUCACAUUGACGUUUGUCUUGUGUUUUACUCCCUUUCAUGUGAUGCUGCUGAUUCGCAGCAUUUUAGAGCAUGAUGUGAACCCUGACGCACAUAUAAUUGACCACAACAAGUCUGGGAAUCCAGUUUAUAAAAUGUAUAGAAUUACGGUGGCACUAACAAGCUUAAAUUGUGUUGCUGAUCCAAUUCUGUACUGUUUUGUAACUGAAACAGGAAGAGCUGAUAUGUGGAAUAUAUUAAAAUUCUGUACUGGGAAGCUUAAUAACUCACAAGCACAAAGAAAAAGCAUGCUUUCUGUGUCUACAAAAGACACCAUGGAAUUAGACAUCCUGGAAUAGAAGCAAAGAAUUUUUUUAAGAUACACAGUAUCAUAUCAUUAAGAUUACAUUUUGAAGAGGAAGUCUAGCUUGGGAGGGAAGGAAGUGUUCCAAUUGAAUAUUCUAAUCCUCUUCAAUGGAAAUCUUUUACAAGUGUACUAUAGCUCCCUGACUUAUUUUAAAUGAGUAUUAAACAAAAUUUAAUAUCCUAAUGACUCAAGAUCGUCAUUAUUGAUGGCAAUUGAUUAGUUUUUUUAAUCUGUGCUAUAGCCUUUCAGAGGUCACUAAGAUGUAUGGAACUCUAUGUCCUUAAAUUGGGAUCCAAAAGAUAUAUAUGCAUGAAGAGUUACUCAGGAGCAUCAUUGGACUUAGAAUAAAAGGAAACAAGGAAAGUUGUUUUAUGAAUGAAUACCUCUGGCAAUGUGUUAAGUCAUAUGGAGAGUAACUACGAUGAUCUGUUAUGUAGAGCUGGUCAAGACUUUCCCUCAAUCUGGCUGUAUAAAGAGAUGGGACAAAUACAAAUUCGUGACAUCCUUAAUAAGAACAUUCUACUUAUUGA